AUGGAUGCAACGACAUGCGUGCGAGCCCACAGCUUGAGCAUUGCCUUUUCGCGAAAGGGCCCCUUCUGCUUUUGCAGGCCCUUGGCCAAGAUGAGUUUCUCGCCUUUGGUCUCUGGUGCCGGUGCUUGCUACUCACUGGUACAGACCAUACACCUUCCGACCGACGAAGUCAUCCAGCUCCGUUGCCCGUUGAUGUUUCGCCAUCGCUCGUGUACACCAGCUAGGGCCAGGGUCACGAGUUCCAACCGCAUCACCAUAUCCCGCGUGUAUGACACGUGUGAGCCUGGCCGCCGAGCCUGGCCGCCAAGCCGACCGAUUUUGCGUCUCUUUCUCACCAUGACAACACGAGCGAUUCUUCCUUUGCAGCUAUGUCCUGGCCAGCCUAAUACCAUUGAAAACUGCGCCGAACACCGAACUUGCGACCAGCCCAAUCCACCAACCACCUCAGGUCAAUACUACAGUGGUUCAACUGUCAGCCCGGUAACUGGAAAGGUGAGUCAGAAUUCAUUUCCUGAUCCAGUCACUAAUACCGUGCCCAGUAGGACAUGCCUUCGGGCACACGCCGAGCGAAUGGUCCGGGUUUCAGACUACGACAGACUGCCACCUUGCAGCCUAUCUUGUAUCUACGCACACGCCGUCAAUAUCUCGCGAGAUUUGAGAAUUGAAUCGGUGUGCCGAACAAGACUUCAAACACCCUCCGCCAUGGACAAAGCGCUAUCGUGGCAUACCAUAUGUGCUGAAGAGUUGUGA